UGAUGUAGUCUUCAUGGUCCACAAUACGGACAAAACAGGAGAGGACAACUUCGCUCUCAUCAAAAAGGCCUUACAAGAUCUAGAAACAAAUCUGCAGUCAACGUUACCAUUCGCACAUGCCAUCGGAAUAAUCACGUACAGUGACAUGGCCCGGGUAGAACAUCAUUUUUAUUCUUAUCACAAGACCACUGAUUUUGUAAGUAUAGUUAUGAAGAACAGAGGCUCUAAUAUCACGGACGCGUUGCGGAUGAUGCGAGAAGAUAUGUUUGAGGAUGAAGAUAGGAACAACAACAGAUAUGGACCUAAUCUUGCAGUUCUGGUAACAACACAGCCACCUGACAACAUGUCAUCUGUUCUUCAGGAAGCCGAGGAGGUGAGGAGAGCGGCGGUAUCUGUUAUAGUUGUUGCUCUAGGCGACCUGCGUAAGGAGGAUUUCGAUGGAAUUGCCAGUAACAGAGACUGUAUCAUCGUUGGAUCAUUUGAGAAGAUGAAUCAAACACUAUCAGAUGUUGAAAGGUUGAUCCAUAGUGCAUCCGUUCCACUUCGAUUCGACCACUGCAGCCAGAUGAACCUCGAUGUCGCCAUUGUCCUUGACAUAGGAGACAAAAAUCUUGCCGCCACUACAGCAGCUAUACAACUCUAUAUAUCGGAGCUAGAUCUCGCGUACACCAGCAUUGCUUUGAUGACAGGCGCUAGUGAAAUAUGGCUGUACCUACAGGACGGUCAAUCGUUAGAUCAGAUACGACAGGCGCUGGGUAGCCUCACGCUUCAAGACGAACGGUCCAGUUUUGGAGACUUCUUGAGGGCGGCCAAAGAGUAUGUAUUCACCAGUAAGAAAGGGGACAGGCUUGGAAGACAUGACAUGAUUAUUGUGAUAACAGACAGAGAAGAAAUACUUGGUGAAGUUGAUGUCUUGGCAGCGCAAUAUCUUCACCAGAGCGGAAUACACGUGCAGGUUCUUGUUAUUGGAACUGUUCAGGACGACCUCCUGCGCCACAUUGUCAGUGACCAGGAAGGAUUAUGGAAGGUUGAAAAUGGGUCAGCUUUAUCUCGAGGUCUGCAGUCUCUUCAUCACCAGCUGUGUCCACCAACAUGCGACAGGUACAACGUAUACCACAAUGGCCUGUGUUACUACCACAACAACCGCCUGAGAAGGACGUGGCUGGAGGCCAGGGACCUAUGUUCAUCUCGCAGGUACUCCUUGGCCUCCAUACCAUCACAAGCCGAAGAUGAAUUCAUCAAGGAGCGCUUCGUCAACUCACAGCCUGUGUAUAUAGCCGGGUAA